UUGUAUAUAUAAGUGUGUGUGGGUGGUUGCAUAUAAAAUUAGGGGGCCAGUGGUGUAGAAAUUAAAAUGUCUAUGUGCUGUGACUUUUUAGAGUUAAUUAGGGUUCGGUAUAUAUCAACAUUUCAGAUGGAUAUAUCUUAGGCAUGUCAGCUCAUGAAAUAUUACUUUCUGUUGGAAUAUGUAAACUCUAUUUGAAAUAUUAAUGAUGAUUGAAGAGAAAAGUUGUAGUCGAGGAAUUAUCGGAACCCAGAAGUUCCUGCUGGGCAAGAACAAUGAGGAAGGAGAUGAUGAAAGUAAGACUAAAAAUAGCGGAAGCUCGAGCAAUAGCAUUGUGGAGGAGUGCGAGAAAGCAAGCUCUAGUGGGGUAAGGCCAUAUGCAAGAUCGAAGGUACCUAGGCUAAGAUGGACUCCUGAUCUUCAUCUUUGCUUUGUUCAAGCUGUGGAGAGACUUGGUGGUCACGAGAGGGCAACCCCAAAACUAGUGUUGCAACUAAUGAACUUCAAGGGGCUAAGUAUUGCUCAUGUCAAGAGCCAUCUACAGAUGUACCGGAGCAAGAAGAUUGAUGAUCAAGGUCAAGUCAUAAACGGUACGGGGGAUCUAAUUGGCAGUUCGGACAAAUUCUCUCACGACUUUUGGCAACACUCGCUGCUUCCAAAUAUUGAUCACAAUCAUAAUUCUAACUUCAGAUAUGGAAACGUUCCUUGGAGUGGACAUGGAAACUGGAUCACCAAUCCUUCUGUACCGGAUAGCAUAAAUGUUAGAAGAGGAGCUGGAUUUUACAGCUCAAUGGCUGAGAAGAUCAGUGGAGAAAAGCUAAUGCAAGAAUCCCAGGAUACUGAAUAUCACAAAUCGAUGUACAAUAGCGAGUCAAUCCGCAGCCAAACAAGUUCAACCAUAAAACAACCCUAUUUUGUAGCCCAACUUUCUAAAAGAAGAGGAGAAGCUAAUGAAUCAGUAAGCUUAGAGACAAAGUGGAGCUUCAACGUGGAAAAGUGUAACAAGGCUAAAAGGAAGGUUGAUGAUCUUGAUUUAACUCUCUCACUUUGCACAAAAUUGAAAGGAAAGGAAGUCAAGAGAAGUUUAUCAUGGGAUGUGGAAGACGAGGGCAGCGAUUUAUAUCUUUCUCUAUCUUCUACCUCAACAAAAGAAUGCAAUUCUAUAACUCUAAGCAUGCCUUCAAAGUACCCGAAAUAGACAAGUACCCUGGAUCUGACUUUGUGAAUUUGAGAAUUCAAAGUGAGAUCUUGUUGGUACUUGUACAAGAGCAUUGAUACAGAUGAAUUAAUGUUUACUGAGAUAUGAGGUAAUGUCAUGAUUUCCCAUUUAUGCUAUCCAUUUCCAGAUACUGAUGCAUUGUUUACAUGGAAGUUUCUGGUUUUUUUUUUUU